AUGCCGAAGCCAAAGUUCGACUGUGUCGGUUGUGAACGCGAAAACGCGGUAUCGGAUAUGGUGCUAUGUGACGCGUGCUCUAAGUGGUGGCACUUCGAUUGCGCUGGUGUUUCCAAGGAGGUGAAGUACGUGAAGUGGGUGUGUGAACGGUGUGAAAGCGGCGAAAAGGACGAGGCAGCCAAGGUGAAAGACCACGAGAUGAGUGGCAAACCUAGUAGGGCUACUCGUGGGAAGGCCCAAUCUCAGGAUGGCGAUACAUCCAAAACCCGUUUAGAGAAACCCGUAGAAGUACCUUUGCAGCAGAAACCAGCGGACCAAGAGUUAGCCUCAUCAAAAGUGUCCUUAGUCGCAACUCCGGACAUAGUUAUGGCUCAGCGAAGCGUUAGGAGCGAAACGGGUACUGCGCCGACAAAUACGGAGCAUGUGGAAAAGAACAGAAAGGCGCCCAGUAUGAUCGAAGAGUGGUGGGAUGCGGUAUUCGGCAUCAUACACUGCUCCAUCAAGAACCAUCCGCUUCCACGUCAAGUGCGCAGUGUUAUGCUCACGUAG